AUGUCUUGGAAGGUAUCGGAAGCGACACUUGCUGACGUUCCUGCAAUAACAUCGAUCUACUCUCAAGAUGAGCCCACGCCAUUCCUAGAGCUCUGCCUGGGGUCUUCGAACUUGCUUGCGCUGAAUUACAACCAAGCGACACGGAUCACUGAAAGCUUACAAGACCCAGAACAAUCCUGGUUCGUCAGUCGGAACGAGCGCAACAAGAUAGUCAGCUUUGCUGAAUGGCAGCUGCCCAAGGAUGAGGCAGAUAGUGAAGAGCAGAUGGUUAGGCCCAAGCACGGAGACUCGAUCGCACCCGGGAUGAACUCAGGCCUCAUCGUGGACUUCAGACAACGAGUCAUGAAGCUUCGAAAUGACGUGCUGCGUGGACGAAGGCAUUAUUUGCUUUCAAAUAUCGGGACUAUGAAGACAGAGCGCCAAAGGGGAGCAGCCACUGCACUCGUGAAGCAAAUGAUAGAGGCCGCGGAUCGAGCAAAGAUUACACAUAUUUACCUGGACACGGUAUCCGAGGGGCCCGCUAGACGGCUAUUCGACAAGCUGGGGUUUGAAGAAGUUGGCAGAUUUGAGAUUGAUCUCAGCAAGUACGGCGGCGUCGGGAUUCAUAGGCACGUGGGCAUGAUCAGAUGGGCUUGGAAAGUUGUGUAA